AUAUAUAUAUAUAUACAUCAAUCUUCAGAAAAGGGUUCGGGGUUGAUAUUAAAUAAAAGAACUAUCAUGUCAAGUCUAGGAUUUCUCUCAGGCUUCUUGGUUGUCGUUGCUUCCCUUCUCUUCCCAGUGAACUCUCAUGAAGAUAAUUCAAAGCAGACCCAAAAACAUGCAGCUAUGUUUGUUUUUGGUGAUUCACUCUACGAUCCAGGCAACAAUAAUUUUAUUAAUGUAGACAUUCAUUUUAAGGCAAAUCGUUGGCCGUAUGGAGAGGCCUACUUCAAGUUUCCAACUGGGAGAUUUUGUGAUGGUCGCAUAAUUCCUGACUUCAUUGCCAUUAAGGCAAACUUACCGUUGUGGACACCUUAUCUGGCACCUGGUAAGCAUCAGUUCACUAAUGGUGCAAAUUUUGCAUCUGCUGCGUCUGGAGUUCUUUCUGAAACUAAUCCUGGAACGAUUAGCCUGGGAAUGCAGGUAAAUUACUUCAAAAAUGUGACCAGCCAGUUGAGGCAAGAGCUAGGCCAAGAAAAGGCAAAGAAGUUGUUCAUGGAAGCAGUCUACUUAUAUAGCACUGGAGGAAAUGACUAUCAAUGCUUUUAUGAAAACAAAACAAGAUAUCUAGCACCAGAUCCAGAAAAAUACGCUCAACUAGUGAUUGGAAAUUUAACAAAUAUGAUCAGGGAAAUUUAUGAAAUGGGAGGAAGGAAGUUUGCUUUCCAAAACAUAGGACCCAUGGGUUGCCUACCAUUAUUUAAGGGACACUAUGGACUCCCUAUGAAUGAAUGUCUUGAAGAACUCUCAGGGUUGGCUACAUUACAUAAUAAUGCUUUCCUUAAAGCAAUUAAAGAGUUAGAGAGCAAGUUACGAGGAUUCAAAUAUUCAGUUUUUGAUUUCUACAAUUCAUUGCUCAACGUUACAAAAGACCCUUCAAAAUACGGUUUCCUGUUUGCAGAUGUUGCUUGUUGUGGUUAUGGGAAAUACAAUGGAGAGAAUUGUGGAAUAGCACCCUAUAACUUGUGUAGAAAUGCAAGUGAAUAUGUUUACUUUGAUGGCGCCCAUCCUACAGAACGUGCCAAUCCACAUUUUGCAGAGCUCUUUUGGAGUGGCGAACCACCAAUCACAGCACCUCAUAACCUUAAAAAACUAUUUAAGCUCACUUCUGAUUUCUCGUCUGAAAAAUAUGAACUAUUCAAUGAUGAAUGAAUAAACUUUGAUCCGAGACAACUGGUCGCCUAUUUGGUCCAUGAAGGCUUUUUUUUUUCCCCUUAUAAUUAAUAAAAUAAAAAAAAUUACAAUUAAAGAAAACAAAAUUUCAAGAUAAA